CCUUUGAAUCAUCUAGAGCCAGGUGCCCAGGAUUUGGAAUGUCUCCAAUGAUGGAGGCCCCACAACCUCUAUGGCACAACCUGUUCCAGUGCUCAGUCACCUCCACAAAUCUCUGAGUAUAACUGAUAAAUACUUGCUAAAAUCCCUAAUAAUGAGACAUGUUCUGCCACCUUAUAAUUAUUGUCUUCUCUUUUGGUAGUUAGAGAAGAAUGAGACUGUUGAUGAGGAAAACAGGUCUAAAAUGGCUGUGUAAAAGGCCCUAUCCAAAAGCUGCAAGAUCUUGUUAUGGCAAAUGAAGUUCUGGAGUAACCCAAGAGAUGGGCUACUUGCUGCAUGUAUUUCUGCCUUGCUGUCCAAAUGUCUUUCCAGUGCUGCUGCACCUUGCCUAGACCUGGUGUCAAAGGCAGUGGCCAGUUGUCUGGAGCUUGUUUUCUGUUCUAUUCAUACACUGCAAUAGGCCAGUCUUACUUGGGCUUUCUGAGAGCUUCUGGAGCAUAAACAAUCUUAUAAAUUAAAUCACCACACUGUCUGCUGAAUGCUUUCACUGUCUGCAGAAGUGCUGGGAACUCUGGAACAUAUUUUGCUGAUCAUCUGAAGAACAGCAACUUCUCCACCUGGCAGCUGUCAGAUGUUCUUGACACACAGCUGUCUGCUGGUAGCUCAGGAGCAGGGCUGAACAGUGCAGAUUCCAGUGGGUUUAUAGUUGGGAUUUGCAGAUUAAUACUCUGUUGUACUCUGCAGCCUCUUCCUGGGCUACAUCCCACCUUCAUUCUUCAUGAAUGGAAGAAAUUCUUCAUGUUUUCUUUCUAGUCUGGUCCUUCACAGUAAACAGAAUUUAGUUCCAAAUGUUUUAGAAGAGCUGUCUUAUCCAGCAUGGGAUUUGAAUAAGCACAGGGCUAACAUUUCCCAUAUGGUGAGUGUAGCCAAUGGCAUAAUUGGUAAUACUCAAUUUAAAAUAUUUAAGCUUUAUUCUUUCCUUUUCUUUAUUUUUUACUUGCAAGUGAUAUUACAUAGUUUUUGACUGCAGGAAGGGGAAGGACUUGUGAAACAAACCUGUCAAAGCAGGGUAAGUAGCCACCAGGGUUGCCUAAGUCAACUGCCCUUAAAAUAGAGUUUGUAAUGGGGGGAAAGGUGGAAACCAAACAAAAACAAAACCACAGAAAAUAAUAGAUUUCAAAUGCUAAGCUGCCUGAGAAGAAACAAUUUCUUCAGGAUUCCAUGGGGAAUGACUAUUGUUGGCACAUGCAUAACAGUGAUCUGCUGAACUGAUACAAUGGUACAGUUGUUUUUAUAGUACAUUUAGCUCUGAAUUUGACACUCUUGAACAUGUGUAUUAGAGCAUAAUACAUAUGUGAAUUCUGAAGACUUAUGUUUUACAAGUUUGAGUAAAUUCAAAAAGCAGUUAUUUCUUGGUUUGGAGUAAACUUUUGGAAUUUCACUUUGUAUUUUCACUGUGCAGGACUCUGAAUAUUUAGUCAGCAAGACUGCACAAGCUUUUUGUUGUUAGGUUACUGUGACAAAACCCCAAGUAGAUAAAGAGCCUCAUGUACAGACCAAUGAAUGCAGAGGAUUGCAUACUUUGAACAGAGGGAAAGAAUUUGUAGCGUACUGUAUGGAAGGAAUUGUUUGCAGUUCUCCAUAAAGCUUUCAAAUCCCAUGUAAUAGGCUCUUUUCAGAAAUUUCACUGCUCUAGCGUAGCUUAACUGAUGGAAUUGCAUUCACCACACUGAAGUCAGGGCAUGCUCUGAACUCCACUGAAAUAUGUGGAGGGGAAAAAAAAUCUUGGGCUUGGACUAGGCUUGUAGUGCCAAGGGAAGCUUCUCCAGAUCAUUGCAGUGCAGGGAAACUCUGUUUUCCCAAUAGUUUAUCAUAAAAUGUGUCCAGACUGGAGCCUCUGAAAGAUUUCCUUAUCUUGAAAAGGCACCAUGAAUCUCCUCAUUUGCAUCAUCUACUUUUCAGCCAUAAAAUGACACUUCCUUCCUUUUACUGAUGAACAGCAGUCAGAAAAGUCAGCCUGGGUACAUAUCCAUAUAUCUACAGAUAGAUAGCUAUAGAUGUCCUUUCUUCCAAGCUCCUGUCAAGUAUUUUUCCUUGGCUCUCCCUCAUGUGUUUCAAGUGACAUUUACUCUGCUGACUCUGUGCCUGUUCGACCUCUAUUCUUAUUUGUCUGAAGUUAUUUGGUAUUUUUCUUGGUAUUGAAAGGAGUUAAUGAAGCUAGAAAAAGUGUUCAACAUCUUUAUUUCAAAUUUGUAAAAUGUCAAAACCUGACUCUUUAAAAAAGAAAUGUAGCAACUCAAUCUCUUCUGAACUCCACCCCAUUCAUCACAGUAAUAGCAAUUUUGGGUGGACCUGGUGUUGAUAAUUUGUAAACCAUUAGGGACAUUCUAGAGGCAGUAAUUCUGUAUUUAAAAAAAAAGCUGAAAAGAUUUUUUUUAUUGUUGUAAUUUCUUUACUCUUUUAAACAUAAUCUGAAUAAUUUGUACUAGAAACUAGUAAAAGCUACGCUCAUUUCAAGUGUUCUAAGGAAUAGAUUUUAACUCUAUCCCUGUAUCUUAAUUUUCUGUAGGAGAGAAAAAAUGGUUUUCAACCUCCAAAAAGCAUAAGGAGCGUUCUUGCUGUCCCUUCUCAUUCCCACUUUGAACCACAGUAUGUGAAAUCUAUUGCAACUUCCUCCUCAGAGAGAUUCUUUUACUUAAUUUGGCUACUGGUAAAAUGAACGUAUUUUUAAAUUAACUGCAAUUUUUAUUUCGUGUUUCCUUAUAAGUAAAGGCAAUCUGAUUUUAUCCUAAAAAAUAGCUUUAGAGCAUCUAUAUACUGCAAAUCAAUCAGUUUGCCAUGAGUUGAGCCAAUGCAUAAAUGAGAAGGGGCUAAAAAUGAAACAGAAUCCUCUGAGUUAAUAGGAAGUUUCAUAUUGAUGUCUGUGGGCUAUAUUUAUCCAAGUAACUGUACUGGAAGAGUACAAUGCAGUGUAUUAAAGAUGUAUGUAUUGAUAAAUGGACCAUGUUCUCUCUAGUGUGAUGUACAAAGGCCUUGCAUCAGAUGGACAAUUUCUGGCAAUGAAGGCUGGCUGCUGAACCUUGUGAACCUAAUAAAAUAACACCCCAGUGAUCCUCAGACCCCCUAAAGAAAAGAAUGGAUAAUGGAUCUGAUAAUGGAUUUGCCUUCAGCAAAUGGAGACAUAGGAUAAGUUUCACCCUUACAGGUUCAAAAAAGUUUGCCUGAAAUAUGACUAUUCUGCUAACCAUCCUUCAGGAGGAGAGGAAGGAGUGUUUGAGUAAGAUGAAGAGGUCUGGCCGGCCAAAGGCCAGAACAGAGGGAGGCCAGUAGUUUGCAUCUCUGCUGCUGAGCACGAAGCUCACCAGCACUGAAAAUUUCAGUUCAGUAUUUUUUAUGUAAACCAAACAGCAGGACAAGUAAGUAUAUCUCUGAGGAUCAGUUACACGUUAAUAAUUUGGGCACUGUGUAAAAUUAUUUAUGUAUGUGAUGGUGAUAAGCACAGGGAGGUACACUAAGGCAUGGUUAGCAACUAGGAUGUCUUACUAGAGGAAUAUACUGGCCUUGAUUUAAAGUGUGUGUAAAGUUUUGUAAAUAUUUAGGGUUAGUGUCUCCCAGGUGAUAGCCAACAGUAAAGUGUGGGUUUUGUCUUUUCUAUCAUUCCUACUUAUAAUCAAUUUACCUGUAAUUAUCCUGCCCAGAUUUAAGGCUCUGCCACCACAAUCCAUGCCACCUAGACCCUGCAAAAUACACGUAUAAGAUCCUCAAAAUCACUUGGAAGAAUUGAGCAUUGUGGAAAAAUAGUUGCUUAAAUGUUAUGGAAAAUUCUGCUGUGCAUGUAGCAAUGAUGUUAUAUGUCUUGUUUUGAUGUCUUUUAUUUUUGGAUUUGAUUCCAUGGUUUGAUCAAAUAUCACUGAGUUUCUGGAUCUGGGUUAAUCUGAGAGUUCAUCUUUCUGUUUGUCACAGGAAAUGGUGAUCAACUGGAUCAUCAGGAUUGCUUCUUAGUUGCUUUGGUUUUUUUUCCCUUAAGUGAAACUUCAAGUGGCUGACAAGUGUUUUGGAGACCAUAUAGAAAUCUGUUUGUCUAGAUGUUCUUCAGAGUCCAAAUGUUUGCAGAAACUCAAGUGGCUGUGGGAAAGAGUGUGGGUGACCCUUAUUAGUAGGGUCUGCUCUGUUCAGCAGCAGAGAGCAGAAGUUAAGUCUUUGGCUUGUGAUAAAUUUUUCUAAUGGUUUGAGAACCAGGUGGGCACCAUUUUAUAGUUGUCAGCAAUGUAAAUACUUCUAAUGUAUAAGCAUAUUCUUUAAAAUGACACACCAGAAGUUGAUGAUGUGCUGCAUGUUUCACUAGAUUAAUGAACUUCCAGCCCACAUAUCAUGUAACAUUACUUCAUAUAGUGUAAUCCACAUUUCUGCAACCAUGCAAGAUACCAAAAAAUACAUCAUAAAAUGUGCUAGAAGAUAUGAGACAGUCACCCCAUUAGCCUGUGACACAGACUAGAUAUUUUUCUAGUAGCUCAUCCACAAAAUUUAAGUGGUUGAAACAGAAAAUGUUGAAACCAAAAGAAUGUUGGACUAAAUAGCAACCAGGAAUUCCUCUCAUAACUCACUUUUGUUUACUGGUAAAUUCUAUCUUCACAUUAUGAACACAAUUAGUAAAUAUCUAGUGACAUUUUUGCAGGCUCGGUUUAACUUCUAUAUUAACUGAGUAAAACGCUUAGAUUUUGAUGUAGGCAUAGAUGAUAGUGAAGGAAGAUAACUGUAUAUCAAUGUACUGCUUGUGUUGAAUUUCUUAAUACAAGAGAUAAUUAUUACCACCUUUAUCCUCAGCUCUUUUUGGUUUUGAGCAAAAUUUAAUUUGACUCUGCAAAAGAAUACAAAAUUCCUUAGGCAAUGCUAUAUUGUCUCUUCAACAAGCAUAGCCAUAAAAAAAUCUUAAUCUUGUAUGCUUGUAUGUGUCAGACAAAAACUUUGAAAAAUCAAAUUCCUAUUUAUCCAACUAAAUUGUAACAGAAAAAGCAAUGUUUCUCAUUAAUCACAACCCCUAACUUCUACUUCUGUGGUGCAAACUGCAAAUCAGUAAUACUUUGCUUGCAGAAUUGAAAAUUAGUUCAUUUUGUACAAGUUACAAAAUAGUGGUAUAAAGUGUGAGCUGCUACUGUCUUGAGCCUUGCUCAGACACAUUGAGGUGGCACACUGUGUGCCCCAUUACUUCUUUCUUGGGCCAGUAUCUCAUUGUAUUUUACAUGUACAUUUUACCUUAUACUCUCUAUCUGAAAGUCUUUACCCUGUUAAACAGUCACAUUGAAAUGGUCACAAUCAAAUGGCUGUUUUGUAAUUUGAAGAAUCCAACACUUUUCUUGAUUAUAAAAAUCAGCCAAAAUUAUUAGAAAGCUGCUAUUGUGGUUAGUAUAUAGUUUAAAUACGUCUAUAUAUGUUUAGAAGGAAAAUCCAUAUUUAUAUAUGUAAUAUAUAAACUACUGUAAACUGAUUCAAACUGUAUAUUUCAACUAGCAUCUGUCAUAUCUUCUUGUCACCAUUACAAUUCAGCUGUAAACAGAUUGGUACUAGGAAAUCUCACACACUAUUUCUCUUUUUCUGAUACUGUUUUAGUGGCAGAAUACACCAUGCAUUUAUCUGAGUAGGGUGGUUUGGCAGCUGCUGUGCCUUGUCAGCUGCUUGCUUAUGAAAUAAGCAAAUAAGCUGCAAUGCAGCUGAGGAUUUGCAACAUCAAUGCAAUAAUACAGAUCCACUAACUAUCAGUACCUACCUGGAACUAACAAAAAGGGAAAAUACUUGAAAUUUAGGAAAUCCAACAUUUCUGCCGAAAUAUUUAUAUCUCGCGUCGGAGAGGCUGGUCGGAGACAGGGCGGCGGGGACCGGCAGUCUUCGGCGGCGGAGAGGAGGCAGCGGCCGCUCGCAGCCCGGGGGCUCGGGGGACGCGAUGUGGCGGGGGCGGCUGCUGGGGAUCGCCCUGGGAGUUGCCGUGCUGUGGGCGUCCCAGGCUGGUGCCGCCGCCGCCGGGCACGCCGAGGGGGUGAGCGCCAAGGAGAGCCGGUCCAGCCGGGCCAAGAGGAGGGGGCACGGCGGCGGGCACGACGCGCUCAAAGGACCAAAUGUGUGUGGAUCACGUUACAAUGCCUACUGCUGCCCUGGAUGGAAAACGUUACCUGGUGGAAACCAAUGCAUAGUCCCAAUCUGCAGACAUUCCUGUGGGGAUGGAUUUUGCUCUAGACCAAACAUGUGCACAUGCCCAAAUGGUCAGAUAGCCCCCUCCUGUGGUUCAAAAUCAAUCCAACACUGUAACAUCCGGUGCAUGAACGGGGGUAGCUGCAGUGAUGACCAUUGCCUCUGUCAGAAGGGAUACACAGGAACUCACUGUGGACAGCCUGUCUGUGAAAAUGGAUGUCUAAAUGGAGGGAGAUGCGUAGCUCCAAACCGAUGUGCUUGCACGUAUGGCUUUACUGGACCCCAGUGUGAGAGAGAUUACAGGACCGGCCCUUGCUUCACUUUGGUAACCAACCAGAUGUGCCAGGGCCAGCUCAGUGGAAUUGUCUGCACAAAAACCCUGUGCUGUGCAACUGUUGGGAGAGCGUGGGGCCAUCCCUGUGAAAUGUGUCCUGCCCAGCCGCAUCCCUGCCGCCGAGGCUUCAUUCCAAACAUUCGAACGGGGGCCUGUCAAGAUGUGGAUGAAUGCCAAGCCAUCCCUGGGAUCUGUCAAGGGGGAAAUUGCAUUAAUACUGUUGGAUCUUUUGAGUGCAAAUGCCCAGCUGGACACAAGUUUAAUGAAGUAACACAAAAAUGUGAUGAUAUUGAUGAAUGUAGCACCAUUCCUGGAAUUUGUGAUGGAGGGGAGUGUUCAAACACAGUUAGCAGUUACUUCUGCAAGUGUCCUCCAGGGUUUUAUACUGCUCCUGAUGGCUUAAAAUGCAUAGACGUGCGCCCUGGAUUCUGCUUCUCCACGCUGAGCAACGGGCGCUGCGGCAAUCAGCUGCCGCAGCCCCUGUCCAAGAUGCAGUGCUGCUGUGACAGCGGCCGCUGCUGGGCCUCUGCUCCCGCCACCGCUCCAGAAAUGUGCCCCAUCCGAUCCACCGACGAGUAUCGUAAAUUGUGCACAGUAGCUGCUAUGCUGCCAGCAAGACCUGACCUUCCACCAGCCCGUCCUGACAUCAUCCCUCCACCACACAUUCCUGAUGUUUACCCUCCUCCACACCCAGAAAUCAUCUAUCCAUCUCGGGCUCCACCAGUUCAUCCGAUCUUGCCGGUGAACUUAACUGACUAUUGCCAAGCAUUCCGACAUCUCUGCCGAAAUGGACGUUGUAUUCCCACUCCUGGGAGCUACCGCUGCGAGUGCAACAAAGGAUUCCAGCUGCAUGGUAGAGAGGAAUGCCUUGAUAUUGAUGAAUGUGAAAGGAAUCCAUGCGUUGGUGGAGACUGUGUGAACACACAAGGAUCCUACGUCUGCCAGUGUCGUGUUGGGUAUCAGAGCACAGCCACCAGAACGGAGUGCCGAGACAUUGAUGAAUGCUUACAGAAUGGUCGUAUCUGUAAUAACGGACGAUGCAUAAAUACAGAUGGCAGUUUUCACUGUGUGUGUAAUGCUGGCUUUCAAGUGGCAGCUGAUGGGAAAAACUGUGAAGAUAUGGAUGAAUGCAGCAUCAGGAACAUUUGCCUCAAUGGGAUGUGCAUCAAUGAAGAUGGCAGUUUUAAAUGCAUUUGUAAACCAGGGUUCCAGUUAGCGUCUGAUGGACGAUAUUGCACAGACAUCAAUGAGUGUGAGACAGAUGGAAUAUGCAUGAAUGGGCGCUGUGUGAACACUGAUGGCUCUUUCAGAUGUGAAUGCUUCCCUGGCCUUGCAGUAGGACUGGAUGGACGUGUCUGUGUUGAUACACAUAUGCGAAGCACAUGCUAUGGUGGCUACAAGAGAGGACAAUGUGUGAGACCAUUAACGGGUGCAGUUACAAAGUCAGAAUGCUGCUGUGCCAGCACUGACUAUGCCUUUGGAGAGCCUUGCCAGCCCUGCCCAGCACAAAACUCAGCUGAAUAUCAGGCUCUGUGUAGCAGUGGAACUGGCAUGACUGCAGGAGGAAAUGAUAUUAAUGAGUGCUUAUUGGAUCCUGAUCUCUGUCCAAAUGGAAGGUGCGAGAACCUGCAUGGAACAUACAAAUGUUAUUGUGACCCUGGAUAUGAAGUAGACUCAACUGGGAAAAACUGCAUUGAUAUUGAUGAAUGUGCGCUGAACAUGCUGCUUUGUGACAAUGGGCAAUGUAGAAAUACCCCUGGAAGUUUCACCUGCACCUGUCCAAAAGGAUUUGUAUACACUCCUGAUCUAAAAACGUGUGAAGAUAUUGAUGAAUGUGAAUCUAACCCCUGUGUUAAUGGAGUGUGCAAAAACACACCAGGUUCUUUUGUCUGUGAAUGUUCUCCUGAAAGUACUUUGGAUCCAACCAGAACCAUCUGCAUAGAAACUGUGAAGGGUACCUGUUGGCAGAACAUAGUCAAUGGAAGGUGUGAAAUAAAUAUCAAUGGAGCAACUCUGAAGUCCCAGUGCUGUUCCUCACUAGGUGCUGCUUGGGGAAGUCCUUGUACACCAUGUGAACGAGACCCAAUAUGUCAAAAGGGAUAUUCAAGAAUAAGAGGAACAUUGUGUGAAGAUGUUAAUGAAUGUGAGGUGUUUCCUGGAGUCUGUACAAAUGGGCAGUGUGUCAAUACCUUGGGAUCAUUUGUUUGCCAGUGCCCCAGUGGAAUGACUUUAGAUGCUUCUGGACGGACUUGUCUUGACAUUCGCUUGGAGAGUUGCUACCUGCAGCAUGAGGACGAGCAGUGCACGUCCCAGAUCCCAGGCCGGCACCGCAUGGACGCCUGCUGCUGCUCCGUGGGGGCAGCCUGGGGCCACGAGUGCGAGGAGUGUCCUCUCAGGGGAACUCCUGAGUUUGAAGCUCUUUGCCCAAGGGGACCUGGCUUCUCUACGAAGAUAGAAAUAAGUGGGAAGCCUUUCUCUAAAGAUAUCAAUGAAUGCAAAAUGUUCCCCAGCCUUUGUACCCAUGGAAAAUGCAGAAAUACCAUUGGCAGUUUUAAGUGUAGAUGUGACAGUGGAUUUGCCCUUGAUUCUGAAGAGAGGAAUUGCACAGAUAUCAAUGAAUGCCACAUCUCUCCUGAUCUUUGUGGCCAAGGCAGGUGUAUCAAUACUCCUGGAGACUUCAAGUGUGAAUGUUUUGAAGGCUAUGAAAGUGGAUUUAUGAUGAUGAAAAACUGCAUGGACAUUGAUGAGUGUCAGCGCAAUCCCCUUCUCUGCCGAGGUGGCACCUGCAUCAACACAGAGGGAAGUUUUCGGUGUGAUUGCCCUCCAGGCCAUCAGAUAUCACCAAAUAUCUCUGCAUGUGUAGACAUUAAUGAAUGCGAGCUGAGCACCAACCUGUGCCGAAAUGGCCGUUGUGUCAACCUUAUUGGAAAGUAUCAGUGUGCUUGCAACCCUGGGUAUCAGUCCACACAAGACAAGCUAUACUGUAUUGAUAUUGAUGAGUGCAAAAUAAUGAAUGGUGGCUGUGAGGACUUCUGUACAAACUCAGAGGGCAGCUAUGAAUGUAGCUGUAAACAAGGCUUUGCACUCAUGCCAGACCACAGGACAUGCACUGAUAUUGAUGAGUGUGAAGACAAUCCUAACAUCUGUGAUGGAGGCCAGUGUACAAACAUCCCAGGAGAAUACAGGUGUCUUUGCUAUGAUGGAUUCAUGGCAUCUGAAGACAUGAAGACUUGCAUAGAUGUUAAUGAGUGUGAUCUGCAUCCAAACAUCUGUCUGAGUGGAACCUGUGAGAAUACAAAAGGCUCAUUUAUCUGUCACUGUGAUAUGGGAUAUUCAGGCAAGAAAGGCACAACUGGUUGCACAGAUAUCAAUGAGUGUGAAAUUGGAGCCCAUAACUGUGACAGGCACGCCAUAUGUACAAACACAGCAGGAAGCUUCAAAUGUAGCUGCAGCCCUGGCUGGAUUGGAGAUGGUAUCAAGUGCACAGAUCUGGAUGAGUGCUCCAAUGGAACCCACAUGUGCAGCCCACAUGCUGACUGCAAGAAUACGAUGGGCUCUUACCGCUGCCUGUGUAAAGAAGGUUACACUGGGGAUGGUUUCACUUGUACAGAUCUCGAUGAAUGCUCAGAAAACUUGAAUCUCUGUGAAAAUGGGCAGUGCCUCAAUGCCCCUGGAGGGUAUCGCUGUGAAUGUGAAAUGGGAUUUUUGCCAAGUGUAGAUGGGAAAGCAUGUGAAGAUAUUGAUGAGUGCUCACUUCCUAACAUCUGUGUCUACGGUACUUGUCAUAACCUCCCUGGACUCUUCCGAUGUGAGUGUGAGGUGGGCUACGAGUUGGACAGAAGUGGUGGCAACUGCACAGAUGUUAAUGAAUGUGCAGACCCUACAACCUGCAUUAGUGGCACAUGUAUCAACACUGCUGGUAGUUACACCUGUGAGUGCCCUCCUGAUUUCGAGCUGAAUCCCACCCGCGUUGGAUGCGUUGAUACACGAUCUGGCAACUGUUACCUGGAUAUCAAAACUCGGGGAGAUAACGGUGGCACCUUCUGCAGCAAUGAGAUUGGAGUGGGUGUUUCCAAGGCCUCCUGUUGCUGCUCCCUGGGCAAGGCCUGGGGAGUUCCCUGUGAGCACUGCCCACUGGUGAACACAACUGAAUAUAAAGUUCUUUGCCCUGGAGGGGAAGGAUUCAGACCAAACCCUAUUACAGUUAUAUUAGAAGAUAUUGAUGAAUGUCAAGAACUGCCUGGCCUUUGCCAAGGAGGAAAAUGUAUUAAUACAUUUGGUAGCUUCCAGUGUCAGUGUCCUUCAGGGUACUACUUGAAUGAAGAGACUCGAGUGUGUGAUGAUGUGAAUGAGUGUGAGACACCUGGCAUUUGUGGGCCUGGCACGUGUUACAAUACUGUUGGGAACUACACCUGCAUCUGCCCUCCUGAUUACAUGCAAGUCAAUGGAGGAAACAACUGCAUGGAUAUGAGAAGAAGUCUGUGUUAUAGAAAUUACUAUGCUGACAAUCAAACCUGUGAUGGUGAGCUGCUCUUCAAUAUGACCAAGAAAAUGUGCUGCUGUUCCUACAACAUUGGACGUGCAUGGAAUAAGCCUUGUGAACAGUGUCCUAUCCCAAGCACAGAUGAAUUCUCCACACUCUGUGGAAGUCAAAGGCCUGGCUUCUUCAUUGACAUUUAUACAGGAUUACCAGUUGAUAUUGAUGAAUGCAGAGAGAUUCCUGGAGUGUGUGAAAAUGGGAUCUGUAUAAACAUGGUUGGCAGCUUCCGAUGCGAGUGUCCUGUGGGCUUCUUCUACAAUGACAAGCUUCUGAUCUGUGAAGAUAUUGAUGAAUGCCAGAACGGACCAGUUUGCCAGCAAAACGCAGAGUGUGUGAACACAGCUGGGAGCUACCGCUGCGACUGCAAACCUGGCUACAGGUUCACGUCCACUGGGCGCUGCGCUGAUCGGAAUGAAUGCCAAGAAAUUCCCAAUAUCUGCAGCCAUGGGCAGUGUAUUGACACCGUUGGAAGUUUCUACUGCAUUUGUCACAAUGGAUUCAAAACCAAUGAUGACAGGACAAUGUGUAUAGAUAUUAAUGAGUGCGAGAGAGAUGCCUGCGGCAACGGAACCUGCCGGAACACCAUUGGCUCCUUCAACUGCCGCUGCAACCUGGGCUUCAUCCUCUCCCACAACAACGACUGCAUAGAUGUGGAUGAGUGUGCAAGUGGAAAUGGAAUGCUCUGCAGAAAUGGUCAGUGUGUGAACACCAUUGGGUCCUUCCAGUGUCUCUGCAAUGAUGGCUAUGAGGUGGCUGUGGAUGGAAGGACUUGUGUUGAUAUCAAUGAGUGUGCACUGGACCCUGGAAAAUGCUCACCAGGCACAUGCCAGAACUUGGAUGGCUCAUUCAGAUGUAUCUGUCCUCCUGGAUACAUCCUGCAGAAUGACAAAUGUGAAGACAUUGAUGAGUGUGUGGAACAGCCAGAAAUUUGUGCCCUGGGCACAUGCAGCAACACUCCAGGCAGCUUCAAAUGUCUGUGUCCAGAAGGCUUUGUAUUGUCUUCCACAGGAAGGCGAUGCCAAGAUCUGAGAGUGAGCUACUGCUUUACCAAGUUUGAAGAUGGGAAGUGUUCUGUGCCGAAGUCCCGAAACCACUCCAAACAGGAAUGUUGCUGUGCCUUGAAAGGGCAGGGAUGGGGAGAUCCCUGUGAGCUCUGCCCAGAGGAAGCAGAUGAGGCAUUCAGACAGAUCUGUCCAUUUGGAAUUGGCAUCCUUGUUGGACCUGGUGAUGCAAGGCUGGAUGUGGAUGAGUGCCUUGAUCCUGAUAACUGUAAAUUUGGGCAGUGUAUCAACACAGAUGGGUCUUUCCGCUGUGAAUGUCCAUAUGGUUACAUCCUACAAGGAGCAGAAUGUGUGGACACUGAUGAAUGUGCUGUUGGAAACCCAUGUGGAAAUGGAACUUGCAGGAAUGUGAUAGGAGGCUUUGAAUGCACCUGUGUAGAAGGAUUUGAGCCCGGGCCAAUGAUGACCUGUGAAGAUGUGAAUGAGUGCAUUCAGAACCCUCUGCUCUGCGCUUUCCGCUGCGUGAACACUUUUGGAUCCUACGAGUGCAAGUGCCCCGGGGGGUACGUUCUGCGGGAGGACCGGAGAAUGUGCAGAGAUCAGAAUGAGUGUGAAGAAGGAAUUCAUGACUGUGACUCAAAGCAGAUGGAAUGCAAAAACCUAAUUGGCACCUAUAUGUGUAUCUGUGGCCCUGGUUAUCAGCGCAGACCAGAUGGGGAAGGCUGUAUAGAUGAGAAUGAAUGUCAGACCAAACCUGGGCUCUGCGAGAACGGCCGUUGUUUGAACACACUGGGGAGUUACAGGUGUGAGUGCAACGAGGGAUUCACGGUCAGCGACACCCAGGAUGAGUGCCUUGACAACAGGGAGGGCUACUGCUUCACUGAAGUCUUACAAAGUAUGUGCCAAAUCGGAUCGAGCAACAGGAACGCUGUCACCAAGUCUGAAUGCUGCUGUGACGGUGGCCGAGGCUGGGGGCAGAACUGUGAGGUCUGUCCCUUCCCAGGCACCGUGGCCUUCAAGAAGCUUUGCCCUCAUGGCCGAGGAUACACAUCCAGUGGAGCAGAUAUUGAUGAGUGCAAGGUUAUUCAUGACGUCUGCCGCAACGGGGAGUGCAUCAAUGAGAGGGGAACUUACCACUGUCUUUGCAAUCUGGGCUAUACUACAGAUGUCACCGGCACUCUUUGCAUUGAUCUGAAUGAAUGCAAUGAGUCUCCAAAACCUUGCAAUUUCAUCUGCAAAAACACAGAGGGGAGCUACCAGUGUUCAUGUCCAAAAGGAUACAUCCUGCAAGAAGAUGGGAGAAGCUGCAAAGAUCUUGAUGAAUGUGCAACAAAGCAGCACAACUGCCAGUUCCUUUGUGUCAACACUAUUGGGGGAUUCACUUGCAAAUGUCCUCCUGGAUUCACUCAGCACCAUACAGCCUGUAUUGACAACAACGAGUGUGCUACUGAGAUCAAUCUUUGUGGGGCAAAGGGCAUUUGCCAGAAUACACCAGGAAGUUUUGUUUGUGAGUGUCAACGUGGCUUCUCACUUGAUCAAACUGGGCAGAGCUGUGAAGAUGUUGAUGAAUGUGAUGGCAACCACCGGUGUCAGCAUGGCUGCCAAAAUAUAAUUGGAGGAUACAGGUGCAGCUGCCCACAAGGAUAUCUCCAGCAUUACCAGUGGAACCAAUGUGUUGAUGAAAAUGAAUGUCUCAGUGCACACAUUUGUGGAGGAGCAUCCUGCCACAAUACUUUGGGAAGCUAUAAAUGUAUGUGCCCUACUGGAUUUCAGUAUGAGCAGUUUAGUGGAGGUUGCCAAGAUAUCAAUGAAUGCGGUUCUGCACAAGCCCCGUGCAGUUAUGGUUGUUCAAACACUGAAGGUGGCUACGUCUGUGGAUGUCCACCUGGUUACUUCAGAAUAGGACAAGGACACUGUGUUUCUGGAGUGGGGCUAGGCAGAGGUCAAGGACAAGAGCUUUCACUCAGUGGAGAAGUAGAUGACAAUUCCCUCUCUCCAGAAGCUUGUUAUGAAUGUAAAAUCAACGGCUAUCCCAAGAGAGGAAGGAAGCGCAGGAGCACUAAUGAAACUGCAAGUGAAGCAGAGGAUCAGCAAGAGUUGGAGCCGCCAAUCAGUCUCGCCAGCUGGGAUAUUGAGAAAGCAGCGGUCUUCUCCAUCAACAUCUCGGAUCUCAGUAACAAAGAUCGCAUCCUGGAACUGCUCCCUGCCCUCACAACACUGACAAACCAUAACCGAUAUUUAAUUGACUCCGGAAAUGAAGAUGGUUUCUUUAGAAUCAAUAAGAAGGACGGGAUAAGUUACCUUCAUUUCACAAAGAAGAAGCCAGUGCCUGGAAAUUAUUCAUUACAAAUCAGUAGUAUUCCACUCUAUAAAAAGAAGGAACUUAACCAGCUUGAAGCAAAACAUGACAAAGACUACCUCAGUGGUGAGCUGGGAGAUAACCUGAAAAUGAAAAUUCAGAUAUUGCUUCAUUAAUUCAUCAACCAAAGACCAAAUAAUUAAACCAAAGAUAGAUAGGUAGGACUGAAUAUUCCUCCCAAUCAGAUUCUCCAUAUCAUAGGUACAAUCUUACAAGAGUACAUUUGUAUGAACAAGCACUAUCUUAUUAUUACAUAAACAAGGUACAGGAUGAAUACAUGAGCUCAAAACUACCACUUUCUCAGGCUUUUACAUGUAGCUGAGCUACCUUGAUAUGUUGAAUCUUGAAAACUGGGACUUUUAUCAUUGGAAGUUGGCCACUGAUGCUGAGACACGUCAUCAUUUCAGCAGAGGUACAAGAAUGUGCUUUCAACUGAUGGACAGCUCUAUUUUUGUAAUUCUUAAACUUUGCUUCUCCAACUACAACUUACUAGGUCAGCCAUUUAUGAUAUCCAUUUGGUGCUAGUAAAUUUUCAACCUAGAUUUAUAAAUGCACUGUAAUAUUUACACAACUUAGAAGCCAAAAUUGCCAUUAUUCAGUCUAAAUACUUCAAUCAACCAAAGUUAGCUCAGUAGUUUAUCUCAGUUAUGCCUAUAAUACAUUACAUGUAAAUUAAGUGUGUGUAUACUGUAAUCAUGCUAUUUUUAUCAAUGAAGCAUUUGUAAACUAGAUUAAUAAUACCCUUAAUGUGAGGGUUUGUAAUGGUGCUUAUAAGACCAACUACUUGUUAACUGUAUACACAAACCUGAUGAUAAAGUUUCUGUGACUUGCCAAAAUGCACUGAGGUCAGUAGGGACCAUUAAACAUUCUCAAAAGUCAGAUGACAAUCAGUGCCAUCCUACACCAUGACAUAUUGUAACAUGUCAAGAGUACCCAUAGUCAUUCAUAUCAACAAGGGUUCAAUGUCAUAAAUGUCACAAUAAAACAGUUUUUUUUUUUUAGUUUA